AACUCAGACUGACGAGUUGACUCGGGGUGGAUGUUGUCUAAGCAAACGUUCGUGACAGGAUCUCUGGAUUUAAAAAAGUUUUGUGGUUAUUUGCUGUUUUCUUUUGAAACUUUGUCGGUCGUUUGCAAAUCUUAGCUUUGACUUGUGACUGAGUGGAAUCUGGGAGGAGAUGUGCUUUGUCGUGUGUUUUAACGAUAUUUGAGCUGCUGUGUUUUACUCCUGCUCACCUACCUGGUGUUUCCUGUCAGCAUGGUGCUGCUGGUGUGUGGCUUUAGUGUGUUUAGUGGUUGAUGACUCCUCAAGAUGUGCUGCUGUGUGUGUCACACAAAGACGUAGAAAGAAGGAAGCAGACAAAGACAGUCCAUAAACUCUGGUAGUAUAUUAACUAUCUAAAGGGAGGACAGAGACCUUUGUGUCUGUUGGAUCAUUCAGUCACAACGUAGACCAUGAACGUGUAAGAUCUUUGGCACUGCUCUGAAGAAGUUCACCAUGAGUUCCAGGAAGAGAUGGUUAACUCCCCGCCGCUCUAAACUUUACAUUGUGGAAGGGGACGCCCAGUGUCCGGAGACGGGCGCCCGCAAAGACAGCUCGUUCAGCCAGGCGCCGUACCUGCGCGGCUUGGAUCGCUACACUGACAGCAGCACCGCAGCCCCUGGACCCAGGGAACCUUCGUGCGUGUCGGUCUCCAAUUCGGCCAGCUUGGCCUGGGCGCUGCGAACACGCCACCAGCCUGCGAGUCUGGCUCUCCGCAAGCAAGAGGAAGAGGAGAACAAGAGAUGCAAGGCGCUGUCAGACACCUACGAACUGUCCACAGAUCUGCAGGAUAAGAAGGUGGACAUGCUGGAGAGAAAGUACGGUGGCUCCUUCGUAAGUCGCAGAGCAGCCAGGAUCAUCCAGACAGCCUUCAGACAAUAUCGUAUGAACAAGAACUUCGAGCGUCUCAGAAGCUCCGCGUCGGAGAGCCGCAUGACCCGCCGCAUCAUCCUGUCCAACAUGAGACUGCAGUAUUCCUUCGACGAGCGCCAGCCUCAGCAGCAGGCCCAGACACAGACCAGCUUCACCCACAACGUGGCCAUCGGGCCUCCUCACUCCCCCGACCCAGACCGCCCAGGAGACUACACCCACUUGGAGGACUCCUUCUCCAAACAGGUCAAGUCCUUAGCUGACUCCAUAGACGACGCCCUCACCUGCCGCGGGGGUCGCGAUGACUCCCAGGAGGGCAGCAGGGAGGGCGGAGGGAUUAGUGAAGACUUUGGAGAGUGUGUGUGGAGCAGCAGCAGCAACCCCUCCUCCCAAAGAGGUCUGGGAGAGCGUGCCAGGGGAGCAGGUGGAGGACUCAGCAUGCACGGCGACAGCACCGCCACCUCGUACAGUGACGUCACGCUUUACAUGGAUGAUGGCAUGCCGUCAUCCCCGCUGUCCCUGGAUCGGGCUCCCAGCAGCACAGAUACAGAGUACUGGGGCCCCGGUGGGGGUGUGGGAGGGCGUGAGGACAGCAGGGACACAGAGGGAGGGGGCAGCAGCAACAGUCGGCGCAGCACCCCGUGCACCGAGUGCAGGGAUUAUCGUCUCAGGGGCGCACAUCUGCCUCUCCUCACUAUCGAGCCGCCCAGCGACAGCUCAGUGGACAUGAGUGACCGCUCAGAUCGUGGCUCUCUGAACAGACAGCUGGUGUACGAGCAGGAGCCGGGGGUCGGAGUCGGCUCCCCUCAGGGAACCCUCAAACACUCCCCCAACACAGGCACCCGCCCUCCCUCCACGGCAGCUGCCCAGGGUCAGACCCGGGCGCCUGGCAGACCCAUACCCACACACAUCCCUCAGCAGGUGGCGGCACACCACCACCACCACCACCACCCCAUCCACCACCAUCAGUACCCUGAACACCCUCGUCCUCCUCCUCCCCCCCAGCAGCCCCCCACCACCCCUCUGUCCUCCUCCUCCUCUACAGCGCUGCCCCCUGGUGGCCUGGAGCAGCCGUGCUGCUCGGACGGAGACAACGACUCGCUCAACUCCACCACCAACUCCAACGAGACGGUAAACUGCAGCUCCGGCUCCUCGUCCCAGGACAGCCUGAGGGAGCCUCUGCCUCCCUUGGGGAAGCAGACGUACCAGAGAGAAAGUCGCCAUAGCUGGGACUCCCCGCCCUUCAACAGUGAUGUGGUGCAGAGACGCCAGUAUCGCAUCGGCCUCAACCUCUUCAACAAGAAACCAGAGAAAGGGAUCCAGUACCUGAUAGAGAGAGGCUUUGUGUCGGACACUCCGGUUGGGAUUGCUCGCUUCAUCCUGGAGAGGAAAGGCCUCAGCAGGCAGAUGAUCGGAGAGUUCCUGGGAAACAGACAGAGACAAUUCAACAAAGAUGUUUUAGACUGUGUGGUGGAUGAGAUGGACUUCUCAGGGAUGGACCUGGAUGAUGCUCUCAGGAAGUUCCAGGCUCAGAUUAAAGUUCAAGGAGAAGCCCAGAAAGUGGAGCGGCUCAUCGAGGCUUUCAGUCAGAGAUACUGUGUGUGUAAUCCAACACUGGUUCGGCAGUUCCAGAACCCGGACACCAUCUUCAUCUUGGCCUUCGCCAUCAUCCUCCUCAACACAGACAUGUACAGUCCCAACGUGAAAGCUGAGAGGAAGAUGAAGCUGGAAGAUUUCAUCAAGAAUCUGAGAGGUGUAGACAACGGUCAGGACAUACCCAGGGACCUGCUGGUUGGGAUCUACCAGCGGAUACAGAAAUGGGAGCUGCGGACCAACGAUGACCACGUGUCCCAAGUGCAGGCAGUGGAGAGAGUCAUUGUGGGCAAGAAGCCUGUGCUGUCCCUUCCUCACCGCAGGCUGGUAUGUUGCUGCAGCUGUACGAGGUGCCUGACCCCCAACAGACCUCAGAGGACAGGAGUUCCACGAGAGGUCUUCCUCUUCAACGACCUGCUGGUGGUGACCAAGAUCUUCCAGAAGAAGAAAACCUCAGUGACUUAUAGUUUCAGACAAUCGUUCCCUUUGGUUGAGAUGCAAGUGCACAUGUUCCAGAACUCUUACUACCCUCACGGUAUCCGCCUGACCACAGCGGUGCUGGGCGGGGAGAGGAAGGUCCUUAUCGAGUACAGGAAGUUUACAGUGAAGCUACAAGAAGUUACAGUGAAGCUACAAGAAGUUAUAGGAGCUACAAGAAGUUCCAGUGAAGCUACAGGAAUGUGGAGGGGACGCCCAGUGUCGGAGACGGGCGCCCGCAAAGACAGCUCGUUCAGCCAGGCGCCGUACCUGCGCGGCUUGGAUCGUACACCGACAGCAGCACCGCAGCCCCUGGACCCAGGGAACUUGUGCGUGUCGGUCUCCAAUUCGGCCAGCUUGGCCGGGCGCUGCGAACACGCCACCCGCUGCGAGUCUGGCUCUCCGCAAGCAAGAGGAAGAGGAGAACAAGAGAUGCAAGGCGCUGUGGACAUGCUGGGAGAAAAGCUCCGCGUCGGAGAGCCGCAUGACCGCACGCAUCAUCGUGUCCAACAUGAGACUGCAGUAUUCCUUCGACGAGGCGCCAGCCUCAGCAGCAGGCCAGACACAGAACAGCUUACCCACAACGUGGCCAUCGGGCCUCCUCACUCCCCCGACCCAGACCGCCCAGGAGACUACACCCACUUGGAGGACUCUUCUCCAAAAGGUCAAGUCCUAGCUGACUCCAUAGACGACGCCCUCACCUGCCGCGGGGGUCGCGAUGACUCCCAGGAGGGCAGCAGGGAGGGCGAGGGAUUAGUGAAGACUUUGGAGAUGUGUGUGGCAGCAGCAGCAACCCCUCCUCCAAAGAGGUCUGGGAGAGCGUGCCAGGGGGAGCGGGGAGGACUCAGCAUGCACGGCGACAGCAAGCCACCUCGUACAGUGACGUCACGUUUACAUGGAUGA